AGUCCCGCAUGCCCAGUAGCGGGGUGCGCGGUGACCUCCGGACUCCGGAGCGCGGCAGUGAGCGCCGCGAGGGACCUGCAGCCGAGAGCGCGCUUUCGGGUGCUCCUCCAGGGUCUUUCCUCUGUCCUUGUCGCAGCUUUGGCAACACCCACCAUGGCCGCAGGCCCCACGGUGCUGAUGCGCUUGGUGGCCUCAGCCUACGCCAUUGCACAGAAGGCCGGGGUGAUCGUCAGACGUGUGAUGGCUGAGGGAGACCUGGGCAUCGUGGAGAAGACCUGCGCCACAGACCUGCAGACCAAAGCCGACCGGCUGGUGCAGAUGAGCAUCUGCUCCUCCCUGGUGCAGAAGUUCCCCAAGCUGACCGUCAUCGGAGAGGAGGACCUGCCCCCGGAGGAGGACGUAGACCACGAGCUCAUUGAGGACGGCCAGUGGGAGGAGAUCCUGCAGAAGCCGUGUCCGGCACAGUACCGCAGCAUUAAAGAGGAGGACCUUGUGGUUUGGGUUGACCCUCUGGACGGCACCAAGGAGUACACCGAAGGUCUCCUGGACAAUGUGACCGUUCUCAUCGGAAUUGCCUACGAAGGGAAGGCCAUAGCAGGGAUUAUUAACCAGCCUUAUUACAACUACCAGAACGAUGAAAGGCAGACACUCAGGGAGCUCAGCGAGAAGGCAGAGGCGGGCCCCGAUGCCGUGCUGGGGAGGACGAUCUGGGCCGUGCUGGGGCUGGGUGCCUUUGGGUUCCAGCUGAAGGAGGCCCCCGCCGGGAAGCACAUCGUCACCACCACGCGCUCGCACGGCAGCCAGCUGGUGACGGACUGCGUGCAGGCCAUGGAGCCGGACGCUGUGCUGCGUGUGGGCGGCGCCGGGAACAAGAUCAUUCAGCUGAUUGAAGGCAAAGCGUCUGCAUACAUAUUUGCAAGCCCCGGAUGUAAGAAGUGGGACACAUGUGCACCCGAAGUUAUCCUGCAUGCGGUGGGAGGCAAGCUGACGGACAUCCACGGCAACGCCCUGCAGUACAGCAAGGACGUGAAGCACAUGAACUCCGCUGGGGUCCUGGCUGCCCUGAGGAACUACGAGUACUACGCAAGCCGCGUCCCUGAGUCUGUCAAGAAGGCACUGGUUCCUUAGAAGAGUUUCCUUUCCUCAGCCUGGAGGACUUGGUUCUCAGAACAGUACAUUUUAAAUCUGAUUGGGUGGAAUUAUUUAUCGUUGAUCAGUAACUUAUAUUAGUUACUUGGGAAGAGAAAUCGCAUUAGAGAAUUGGCUGCCUUUAUGGGGUCUAACUCCUACCCCUAUGUGUGUGAUGCAUUUUGCCUGUUAUUUUUACUGUUAAAAAAAAAUAGCCAGGCAUGGUGUGGGGCUGCCCAGGAGGCUGAGGCAGAAGUUCAGGGUGCAAGUGAGAUCCUGUCUAGACAUUAAAAAAAAAAAAAAUAAAAUGCAUUUAGCUUUAUUAAUCAGCCAGGCCAAUCGUGAAUUUGGAGACUUGAUAAACCAAACAUGUUAGAUUUCUUUUCUUCUUCUCAGGUGGAGAAAUGAGAAAGGUUUAGUUGUAGCUGACCCUUUUGGUCAUUUGUGCAGUUGACAUUCCUGGCUCAUAAGCCAGAUUUCUUAAGGGCACAGAUACUUGAGUUGUUCUAGAAUUCCACUCUUGUUUUUCCCAGUAAUUUUUAAGGUGUUCCUACUCCAAUUAUGAAUGUAUAUAUUGUUAUUAUGUUUGAUGAGACAUUUAUGGGAAAAGUUUCUUCAAAAUAAAUUAUUUAAUUGUG